AUGACCCCCCAGAUUGAACAUGCGUCUCUGCAUAAUCCCCUCCCUCUGCAAUUGCAUACCUACGUCUGGCCUUUCUUGAUUAUCUGGCCUGCUUUCUUCGCUUUUUAUCUCUCCCCUGAGCGCUAUGACACCUACAUCCAGGGCCAGGAAUGGACCUUCGUCUUUGCGGGGUCUAUUAUCACUGCUCAGUCGCUUCUUUGGCUGAUGACCAAAUGGAAUAUCAACAUCGGCACUCUGUUCACCACCACUAGAGCCAACUCCAUCGAUUCCGCCCGCCUGAUCAAAGUCAUCCCCGUCACAAACGCCGGUUCCGCCGAGGUCUGCACUCUGAUUCACGAUAACUCCGGUGGCAAGAAGACUCUGUCGUUCCUUUUCCAGAAGCGCCGCUUUCUUUACUACCCCGAAACUCGUUCUUUCGCCCCUCUGUCCUAUGUUCUCGACGCCGAGCCAAAGCCCGCUCUCCAGUACUUCCAGCAGAGCAAGGGUCUUACCACCAAGGCCGAGGUUGAUCGCGUGCACUACCACUACGGUGACAACACUUUCGAUAUUCCCGUUCCCGGAUUCAUCGAGCUCUUCCAGGAGCAUGCGGUCGCCCCGUUCUUCGUGUUCCAGAUAUUCUGUGUUGGACUGUGGAUGCUGGAUGAAUAUUGGUACUACUCCCUGUUCACGCUGUUCAUGCUCGUCGCUUUUGAAAGCACCGUUGUGUGGCAGCGCCAGCGUACUCUAAAUGAGUUCCGUGGAAUGAGCAUCAAGCCUUACGACGUCUGGGUUUACCGUGAGAACAAGUGGAGUGAAAUCACCAGCGAUCAGCUUCUUCCUGGCGAUUUGAUGUCGGUGAACCGCACCAAGGAGGAUGGUGGCGUUGCUUGUGAUAUUCUCCUGAUUGAGGGAAGUGUCAUUGUCAACGAGGCAAUGCUUUCUGGUGAGAGUACCCCGCUCCUGAAGGACUCGGUUCAGCUUCGACCCGGUGAGGAUCUGAUUGAUCCGGAGGGCAUGGACAAGAAUUCGUUCGUGCAUGGUGGAACCAAGGUCCUUCAAGUCACCCACCCCAACACCAACGGAGAAGAGACCCUAAAGAACAUUGCCAACGGCGUUACAAUGCCCCCCGAUAACGGCGCCUUGGGCGUGGUUGUUAAGACUGGCUUCGAGACCAGCCAGGGUAGCCUUGUCCGCACUAUGAUUUACUCCACUGAGCGUGUCUCCGCCAACAAUGUUGAAGCUUUGCUCUUCAUUCUGUUCCUCCUGAUCUUCGCAAUUGCCGCUUCUUGGUAUGUCUGGCAAGAGGGUGUCGCUAAGGAUCGCAAGCGAUCCAAGCUUCUUUUGGACUGUGUGCUUAUCGUCACGAGCGUUGUUCCUCCGGAGCUUCCUAUGGAGCUAAGCUUGGCCGUCAACACCAGUCUUGCUGCUCUGAGCAAGUUUGCGAUCUUCUGCACCGAGCCCUUCCGCAUUCCCUUCGCUGGACGUGUCGAUGUCGCUUGCUUCGAUAAGACCGGUACUUUGACUGGAGAAGAUCUUGUCGUUGACGGUAUCGCUGGAAUCACCCUUGGCCAAGUCUCUGCCAAGGUGGAGGCCGAUGGUGCCCACACCGAACUGUUCCAGCCUACCGCUGUUGGCCCCGAUACGACCCUUGUUCUUGCUAGUGCUCACGCCUUGGUGAAAUUGGAUGAAGGCGAAGUUGUCGGUGACCCCAUGGAGAAGGCCACUCUUUCUUGGCUCGGAUGGACCUUGGGUAGAAAUGACACCCUCUCGUGCAAGGGAUCUGCCCCCGUUGUGGCAUCUCGCCCGGUCGAGUCCGUUCAAGUCAAGAGAAGAUUCCAGUUUUCUUCUGCCCUGAAGCGCCAGAGUACUAUUGCCACCGUGACCACCAACGACAAGAAGACUUCGAAGAAAGCCAAGGCCACCUUUGUUGGUGUCAAGGGUGCCCCUGAGACUAUCAGAAGAAUGCUGGUCAACCCUCCUCCUAACUACGAGGAAACUUUCAAGCACUUCACUCGCAAUGGCGCCCGUGUUCUUGCUCUCGCCUAUAAGUAUCUUUCUACCGAGGCCGAGAUUUCUCAGAAUCGUGUCAACAACUAUUCUCGUGAAGAAAUCGAGUCCGAGCUGAUUUUCGCUGGUUUCCUGGUCCUCCAAUGUCCUCUGAAGGAUGAUGCAAUCAAGUCCGUCCGCAUGCUGAAUGAGAGCAGCCACCGUGUCGUUAUGAUUACCGGUGACAACCCAUUGACUGCUGUCCAUGUCGCACGCAAGGUUGAGAUUGUCGACCGAGAGGUCGUUAUCCUCGAUGCCCCUGAAAAUGAUACCUCUGGAACCCGACUGGUUUGGCGUACAAUCGACGACAAGCUGAAUACCGAUGUUGAUCCCACUAAGCCCCUGGACCCUGAGAUCAUCAGGACCAAGGACAUCUGUAUUACCGGCUAUGCUCUGGCUAAAUUCAAGGGUCAGAAAGCCCUGCCCGAUCUCCUCCGUCACACCUGGGUUUAUGCCCGUGUGUCCCCCAAGCAAAAGGAGGAUAUUCUGCUCGGUCUUAAGGAUGCUGGCUACACCACUCUGAUGUGUGGUGAUGGUACCAACGAUGUCGGUGCUCUUAAGCAGGCCCACGUCGGUGUUGCUCUUCUCAAUGGAUCUCAGGAGGACCUCACCAAGAUCGCCGAACACUACCGAACCACCAAGAUGAAGGAGCUCUAUGAGAAGCAAGUUGGCAUGAUGCAGCGCUUCAAUCAGCCCGCUCCUCCUGUACCGGCCCAGAUUGCUCACAUCUACCCGCCUGGUCCUAGCAACCCGCACUACCAGAAGGCCAUUGAGAGAGAAGCUCAGCGAAAGGGCACCGCUGCGAUCGCUGCCGGUAGUAAGGGUGAGGAGAUCCCCACCAUCACCUCGCCCGGUGCUCAGGCCCUGCAAUCGAACUUGACUCCCCAGCAGCAGAGACAGCAGCAGGCCCAGCAGGCUGCCGCCGGUCUUGCUGAUAAGCUCACUUCGUCGAUGUUGGAACAAGAGCUGGAUGACAGCGAGCCCCCGACCAUCAAGCUUGGAGACGCUUCCGUUGCCGCACCCUUCACUAGCAAAUUGGCUAACGUCAUUGCUAUCCCGAACAUUCUCCGCCAAGGUCGUUGCACUCUGGUUGCUACGAUUCAGAUGUACAAGAUUCUUGCGUUGAACUGCUUGAUUAGCGCCUACAGUCUCAGUGUUAUCUAUCUCGACGGUAUCAAGUUCGGUGAUGGUCAGGUUACCAUCAGUGGUAUGCUGAUGAGUGUUUGCUUCCUGUCCAUCUCCCGCGCCAAGUCUGUCGAGGGUCUUUCCAAGGAGCGCCCGCAGCCAAACAUCUUCAAUGUCUACAUCAUUGGAUCCGUUCUUGGACAAUUUGCUAUUCACAUUGUGACUUUGAUCUACCUGUCGCGUUAUGUCUAUAAGACCGAACCGAGAGACGACAACGUCGAUCUCGAGGGUGAAUUCGAGCCUUCCCUUCUCAACAGCGCCAUCUACCUCCUCCAACUGAUCCAGCAAAUCUCCACUUUCUCGAUCAACUACCAGGGCCGUCCCUUCCGCGAGUCCAUUCGCGAGAACAAGGCCAUGUACUGGGGUCUUGUUGCCGCAUCGGGCGUCGCAUUCUCCUGCGCGACCGAGUUCGUGCCCGAGAUCAACGAGAAGUUGCGCCUGGUACCAUUCACCAACGAGUUCAAGAUUACCCUGACCGUGCUAAUGAUCUUCGACUACGGUGGUUGCUGGAUCAUUGAGAAUGUGCUCAAGCAGUUGUUCAGUGACUUCCGUCCUAAGGACAUCGCUGUCCGCCGUCCUGAUCAGCUGAAGCGCGAGGCUGAUCGCAAGGCGCAGGAGGAGGCUGAGGCCCAGCAGCAGAAAGAGCAGCAGAGGGCGAUCUAG